AAAAAAAAAACCUUUUCCACUGAAUUAUUUUUUGCAAGUCUGUGAUAUCUCCGACAUUUAACCUUGGACUCUCGUAAAUAUUUGAACAAUAUUCAAGGAACGCCCACAAAAUGCAUAUGAAAUUAUUCAGGAAGUUGUUGUUCCAACUUCCGCAUGUUAGCCACUUCAAUAGAACUUACAUUCUUAACCAAAAUUUAAAGCAAAAGUGCACAAUGAAGUACCUCAGACAAGAUGAAGCCAUUAAUGUAGACUUGGAACUCUUCAAUGAGUACAAAUUCAGUGUAGAUCAAUUAAUGGAACUGGCUGGUUUGAGUUGUGCUACAGCAAUUGCCAAAUCAUACUCAAUUGAAUCUCUAAAUGACAAGAAAAUCAUGGUUUGUUGUGGACCAGGAAAUAAUGGAGGUGAUGGGCUUGUUGCAGCAAGACAUUUGAAACUGUUUGGUUAUCCUACUGCUGUUUAUUAUCCAAAGAAGACAGACAAGGAACUGUAUAAUAAUCUAGUGACUCAAUGUUGCAAUAUGGGUAUUGAUGUCUUGCCAGAUACACCUAUUGAUAGAGAAUAUGGUUUAUUUGUGGAUGCCUUGUUUGGAUUCAGUUUUAAACCACCAGUUAGGCCACAAUUUCAUGCUGUAAUGCAAGUUUUGAAGAAUACCAAAGUUCCUAUUGCAAGCAUUGAUAUUCCUAGUGGCUGGGAUGUAGAAAGUGGUGAACCUUCUGAAGGAGGAAUAAAACCUGAACUUUUGAUUUCCCUGACUGCACCCAAAGCAUGUGCCAAGUAUUUUAAAGGAAAAUAUCAUUAUUUAGGGGGAAGGUUUGUACCACCUGCUUUAGCACGCAAGUACGGAUUAAAUUUGCCAGAAUAUCCUGGUACAGACUGUGUUUUACUGUUGGACGACGAAGGAUAAUAAAGCAGGUUUGCAUGUUGGGUUGCCUAUGUUGAAACAUGUUUUCAACCAUUUUAGAGUAAAGAUUGAUUCAAAAUAAACAAUUUACACAUGG